AUGCAAAUGGACCCACAAACCAUCUAUUUAAGAAGCGGCGUCAUUUCACUCGGGAUCGCGUUCGAUCCUCCGAGCUGUGAGCGGCGAAAAAAAGCGGAGGUUGAUUACGCCGUCGAUUUGAACAGCACGAAUUUCGAGGCUGUUCUUCGUGACACUCCCGCUACUCACGCCAUCGUCGAGUUCUUUGCCCACUGGUGCCCUGCUUGCAGAAAUUAUAAGCCCCAUUAUGAAAAGGUUGCGAGGCUUUUCAAUGGGCCUGAUGCUGUGCAUCCUGGUAUUGUAUUGAUGACAAGGGUGGAUUGUGCUAUGAAGUCUCAAUUGAUAUACAUUGGUUCCUUGGUGAUUAGUCCCUCUUUAACUUGUUUGGCAGCACAGAUAAAUAAUAAACUCUGUGAUAAAUUUUCUGUGAGUCAUUAUCCUAUGUUAUUCUGGGGCCUGCCGUCUAAAUUUGCAUCUGGUGGUUGGGAACCUAAAGAAGAGAAGAAUGAAAUACGCAUGAUUGAUGAUGGACGGACAGCUGAGCGGUUGCUUAAUUGGAUCAAUAAGCAGUUGGGCAGCUCAUAUGGCUUGGAUGACAGGAAAUUUGAAAACGAGCAUCUUCCUUCAAACAUAUCCGACCCUGGACAGAUUGCACGUGCUGUGUAUGACGUUGAGGAGGCUACAGCCAUUGCCUUUGAAAUCAUACUCGAACACAAGAUGAUCAAACCACACACUCGGGCCUCGCUUAUUAAAUUCCUUCAACUUUUUGUGGCCCACCAUCCUUCAAAGAGGUGCCGAAAGGGAAUUGCAGAAGUGCUUGUGAACUUUGAUGACCUGUGCCCACUGGAUAUAUGGUCACCUGACAAACAUGAAGUUGUCAGUAAUGGCAAGGAUAUGCUGGGGAAUUUCCAGAUUUGUGGGAAAGAAAUUCCUCGAGGAUAUUGGAUGUUUUGCCGUGGCAGCAAGAAUGAUACCAGGGGAUUCAGCUGUGGUUUAUGGGUUCUGCUGCAUUCACUCUCUGUGAGGAUUGAGGAUGGAGAGAGCCAGUUUGCAUUCACAGCUGUAUGUGAUUUUAUCCACAACUUCUUCAUUUGCGAGGAGUGUCGUCAACAUUUUUAUCAAAUGUGUUCAAGUGUCACUGCCCCUUUCAACACAUCCCGUGACUUUGCCCUUUGGUUGUGGAGUACUCAUAAUAAAGUCAACGAGAGAUUAAUGAAGGAAGAAGCUUCUUUAGGAACUGGUGAUCCCAAGUUCCCAAAGGUUAUUUGGCCUCCAAAACAGCUCUGCUCGUCAUGUUAUACCUCUCAUAACCGGAGAGAAAAUGGAAUUAGUCAAAUAGAUUGGGAUUUGAAUGAAGUAUACAAGUUCUUGACUGGUUAUUAUGGCAAAACACUUGCAUCUUUGUACAAGGAGAAGGAUCGCCUUGGGGAUGAAGUGACCGAUGGGGCCAUUGUAGAUUUAGUGGCCUCAACAAAUGCACUUGUGGUGCCUGUGGGGGCUGCAUUGGCGAUCGCUCUUGCUAGCUGUGCAUUUGGAGCGCUUGCUUGCUACUGGCGUUCACAGCAAAAAAACCGAAAGAGAGCUAGAAGUUCAAAAGUUGAAGGUGAAUUUUCUUAUUUGUUUUCCUUCCCCAAUAUUUCAGGCCAAGGAGAAGCUGGAACUAAGAUAGUUAAAAGGACAAAACCAUACACAGUCAUUAAGGUGCCCAGUCGGGUUCUAUCAGGCUCUGAAUAG